ACUUUUCCGCACCCCCAUGUAUUUCUGGCCUUGGUUGGAGCCUCUUCGUGCCAGCAAAUCCAAGCAUCCCUGAGAAUCCAGGCCGGGUUUUACUGCCCGCCAGCAGCGUGUUGGGGGGGGGGGGGUGUUGGGCAGUAUAGGGUCCCUCGAGGGAGGGGGAGGAUCCUGGGGGUCCUGGGGGUGCAAUAAGCCCGGCACCCCCUCUUUGGCUUCCAGCUAUCCUGCCUCAUCCUCAGAACUGCAAGAGGGAGGGACAGAGGAGGGAGGUGAGGGGCGAGCGGGAAGAGCGGCGGCGCGCCAGCAGCUAGAGCGAGAAAAAGUUUUUGCAAAAGGGAAAAAAAAAGUUUGCGCUUCUCGCGGGUGGUCCCGGCUUGCGGCCGGGCGGGCUCAGGGCCAGGUCGAGGGUGGGGGGGGUGGGGUGGCACUGAGACUGCGCUGCUGUCCGCCCCCCCCUCCCCACCGCACACCCCCCAGCCCAGACUCCAGCCCUGGACCGCGCAUCCCGAGCCCUGCGCCCAGACCGAGAAACAUCUCACCCAGGUGAAGUUGGGGUGAAGAGGCUGGAGGGCUGCGUGGUAGAGAGGGCGCUCCAGGUGUAUCUCUGAGCGCCUCGCAGGACGACGAGCCGGGGACCGAGGCCCCUCCUCUGCCUCGGACCACCCUGCCUGCCCUGGCUCCCCGCUCCGAAGCCUCUUUCAGUGUCCUCACACCCUCCUGGGAGACACCAUGUUCAACUCCAUGACUCCACCGCCAGUCAGUAGCUAUGGCGAGCCCUGUUGUCUGCGGCCCCUCCCCAGUCAGGCAGCCCCCACCAUGGGGACGGAAGGAUUGUCUGGUCUGCCCUUCUGCCACCAGGCCAACCUCAUGUCUGGGCCCCACAGUUAUGGGUCAGCCAGAGAGAACAACAGCUGCACUGAUGCGCCACUCUUCCCUCCUCCCCGGAGUGCAGUCAAGCUGACCAAGAAGCGGGCACUGUCCAUCUCACCUCUGUCAGACGCCAGUCUUGACCUACAGACUGUCAUCCGCACCUCGCCCAGCUCCCUCGUGGCCUUCAUCAACUCCCGCUGUGCCUCUCCAGGGGGCUCCUACGGUCACCUCUCCAUCAGCACCAUGAGCCCAUCUCUGGGAUUCCCACCCCAGAUGAAUCAUCAAAAAGGACCAUCACCUUCCUUUGGGGUUCAACCCUGUGGUCCCCAUGACCCCACUCAGGGUGGAAUAAUGCCUCAUCCUCAGUCCCGGGGGCCGCUCCCAACUUGCCAGCUGAAGUCUGAGCUGGACAUGCUGGUCAGCAAGUGUCCGGAGGAGUCCCUGGAAGGUGAUAUGUCCAGCCCCAACUCCAUCGGCACACAGGACCCCCUGCUGGGGAUGCUGGACAGCCGGGAGGACCUGGAGCGAGAGGAGAAGCCUGAGCCCGACUCUGUGUAUGAGACAGACUGUCGCUGGGAGGGCUGCAGUCAGGAAUUCGACUCCCAGGAGCAGCUGGUGCACCACAUCAACAGCGAGCACAUCCACGGGGAGCGGAAGGAGUUUGUUUGCCAUUGGGGGGGCUGCUCCAGGGAACUGAGACCCUUCAAAGCCCAGUACAUGCUGGUGGUCCACAUGCGCAGACACACGGGCGAGAAGCCACACAAAUGCACGUUCGAGGGGUGCCGGAAGUCAUACUCUCGCCUUGAAAACCUGAAGACACACCUGCGGUCACACACAGGGGAGAAGCCAUACAUGUGUGAGCACGAGGGCUGCAGUAAAGCCUUCAGCAAUGCCAGUGACCGAGCCAAGCACCAAAAUCGGACCCAUUCCAACGAGAAGCCAUAUGUGUGUAAGCUCCCUGGCUGCACCAAACGCUACACAGAUCCCAGCUCACUCCGAAAACAUGUCAAGACGGUGCACGGGCCAGACGCUCACGUGACCAAACGGCAUCGAGGGGAUGGUCCCCUACCCCGGGCAUCAUCCCUUUCCACCGUGGAGCCCAAGAGGGAGCGUGAUGGAGGUGCCAUCAGGGAGGAAAGCAGACUGGCCGUGCCAGAGGGCGCCAUGAAACCACAGCCCAGCCCUGGGGCCCAGUCAUCCUGUAGCAGCGACCACUCCCCAGCAGGCAGCGCAGCCAAUACAGACAGCGGCGUGGAAAUGGCUGGGAAUGCAGGGGGCAGCACUGAGGACCUGUCCAGCUUGGAUGAGGGGCCUUGCAUUGCUGGCGCUGGCCUGUCCACUCUCCGUCGCCUGGAGAACCUCAGGCUGGACCAGCUGCAUCAACUGCGGCCAAUAGGGUCCCGGGGCCUCAAACUGCCAAGCCUAACCCAUACCGGCACCCCAGUGUCCCGCCGCCUGGGACCCCCAGUUUCUCUUGACCGCCGCAGCAGCAGCUCCAGCAGUGUCAGCUCUGCCUACACAGCCAGCCACCGCUCCUCCCUGGCCUCCCCGUUUCCCCCAGGCUCCCCGCCAGAGAAUGGGGCGUCAUCUCUGCCUGGCCUCACACCUGCCCAGCACUACCUGCUCCGGGCAAGAUAUGCUUCAGCAAGGGGAGGUGGUACCCCACCCACUGCCGCACCCGGCCUGGACCGGAUGGGAGGUGCCCCCACACCACCCUGGAGGAGCCGAGCUGAGUAUCCAGGUUACAACCCCAAUGUGGGCAUCACCCGGAGGGCCAGUGACCCAGCGCGGGCUGCUGACCGCCCUGCCCUCUCCAGAGUCCAGCGGUUCAAGAGUUUGGGUUGUGUCCAUACACCCUCCACCAUGACAUGUGGGGGUCGAAACUUCGAUUCGCAGCUCUCAACCUCCGUCUACUCACCUCAGCCCCCCAGCAUCACUGAGAAUGUUGCCAUGGAUACCAGAGGGCUACGGGAGGAGCCAGGGGGUGGGACCUCCUUGAUGGGUAGUGGUCUGAACUCCUAUGUGAGCUUCCCACCUGCUGAUACUCUGGGCUAUGGGGGGGCCCAGGGGCCAUCAGCUGAGCCUUAUGGAACUCGGGGCCCAAGUUCCUUGCCUCUUGGACCUGGUCCGCCCACCAACUAUGGCCCCAACCCUUGUGCCCAGCAGAUGUCUUAUCCUGACCCCACCCCAGAAACAUGGGGUGAGUUUCCUUCCCAGACUGGGUUGUAUACAGGCCCCAAGGCUCCAUCUGCAGCCUACAGUCAAUGUCCUCGUCUGGAACAUUAUGGACAAGUUCAGGUCAAGCCAGAACAAGGGUGUCCAGUGGGCUCUGCCUCCACAGGCCUGGCACCCUGCCUCAAUGCCCACCCCAGUGAGGAGUCUGCACAUCCACAGCCUCUUUUUUCCCACUAUCCCCAGCCUCCACCUUCCCAGUAUCCUCAGCCAGGCCCCUACCCACAGCCCCCUCCUGAUUACCUUCCUCCAGAGGCCAGGCCAGGCCUGGAUUUUGACUCUCCUGCUCACUCCACAGGACAGCUCAAGGCUCAGCUUGUGUGUAAUUAUGUUCAGUCUCAACAGGAGCUGCUGUGGGAGGGUGGGGGCAGGGGAGAAGCCGCAGUCCAGGAGCCUCUCUACCAGAGUUCCAAGUUUCUGGGGGGUUCCCAGGCAAGCCCUAACCCUGUCAAAGCUCCUGGGGCCACAUAUGGGUCUGGCUUUGCAACAAACUUGCCCAGUCACAAACCAAGCUCCUUUCCCACCCCUUCACCAUGCCAUGAAAGUUUUACAGUGGGAGUAAACAAGGCUUCCCACAGGGGAGCGGCACCUCCCCGACAUCUGCCUCCACUGCCCAACUGCUAUGGUCCCCUCAAGGCAGGGGGUACCAACCCCAGCUGCGGCCACCCUGAUGUGGGCAGGCUGGGAGGGGGCCCUGCCUUAUACCCUCCUCCUGAAGGGCAGGUGUCUAACCCUCUGGACUCUCUCGAUCUCGACAACACUCAGCUGGACUUUGUGGCAAUUCUGGAUGAGGCCCAGGGGCUGAGUCCUCCCCUGACCCGAGGUCAGGGGGACAGCUCUGAACACUCCCCACCUUCCCCAGGGCCCCCAAACAUGGCUGUGGGCAACAUGAGUGUCUUGCUGGGAUCACUGCCCGGGGAGACACAGUUCCUCAAUUCCAGUGCCUAAGGAGUGGGGGAGCCCACUUCUCACAGAUCUGCACUUCCUAAGGGGCUUCCAUCCCUGAGAAGUCAGGAGGAGGGACUGUGACCUGGGGUGUCCCAGACAUGAGAGGUGGGGGGCUGCUAUACACAGUCUGUAUACAUCUGGUCUGGGAAGGAUUUUGAUAACGACACCGUUUCCUGAAAAUAAAGGAACCACAUCAGA